GCAUGUAUUUAUAUAUAUAUGUAUUUAUAUAUAUCCUCCUCUUCUAUCACCCAACCCCCAAAUCCCAUCUCUUUAAAGUUUGAACUCUCUGCUUGUGUGUUGGGAACAGAACCUAAAAGGCUAAAACCAUGAAGCCAAGCCUGAAUUACAAAGCUAUUCUGCUCAUCCUUCUUGUCCUUGUCUAUUCCUCAAAGUUAUCUGCUCGUUUCCUAUUAAGCAAACAAGGGCAAGAGGAGGUAAACCUAGAUGGAAUCACCAGUGAAGGGACGGAGGACAGUGAGUUAAUGAAUCAGCUGACGGGGUUAGAGCUAUGUGAUGGCGGAGACGAGGAGUGCUUAACGAGAAGGAUAAUUGCAGAGGCUCACUUGGACUACAUCUACACCCAGCAUCACAAGCCGUGACACUUCAAUUUUAGAAAUUGAAGUGCCAUGUUUUUCUUCGUCCAACUUAGGUCUGGAUUCCUACAUAAUAUAUAUAAACUAGCUAUAGUAUUCUUCUCAAAAUGGCAAUCGCGUUAAAAAGCUACAAGAAUGGUUCCCAAGUUUCUUCUCUCUGAAAAUGUAACUUUACCCCUACCUAAGUGCAGCUAUGUUCAAUUCUACGUACGUAUAUCAUCCUUUGUAAUGAUGAGUCUGCAUAUGUUGGUGUAUGAUUUCUCUGUGUACUUGAUAAUGUAACUACACAAGUAAGCGCAGAUGAAGCCCAUUUCUAUCUCUUUGAUGAUGAAUUUACGGAGUUACUUCUAUGA